AUGGGCCGACGCCGGAAUCCGUUGCAUAACCCACUCCACUACGCUACGCCUCAGCUUCGUACAGGGCCACCGGUGACCUACGCCUCAGCUUCACGGACGCUUCAAAGCUAUGACUAUGUCAUCGUUGGUGCCGGCGCGGCCGGCUGCGUCCUUGCCAGCAAACUGUCCGAGGACAAAAACACAUCUGUUCUCCUUCUCGAAUCAGGCGGCGACAACACCAAGGUCCUGGAAUCCAAGGUUCCACUGAUGUUCCCUAAGCUCUUCCACACCAAACACGACUGGGAUUACUACACAGUGGAGCAACCAGGCCUGUCAGCACGCCGGCUCUAUUGGCCUCGUGGACGUCUGAUCGGAGGUAGUACUUCGCUUAAUGCUAUGAUGUAUCAUCAUUGUUCGCCUUCCGAUUUUGACGAGUGGGCGUCUAUUCAUGGAUGCGAGGGCUGGGGUUCUAAUGACCUCGCGCCUUACCUGCGACGCAUGGAGAUGUUUACUCCAAAUUCAGCACGCCCUAUGAUCGAUACUGAACACCGCGGGUCUUCGGGCUGUUGGCAAACGGGAUACUCCUGGCUGUCUGAGAUCAUCGAGGGUGGAUUUAUACCAGCCUGUCAAAAUGCAGGUAUUCCUCAUAGUGCAGAUGUGAAUACUACGAACGGUACCCUGGGUGUCACUCGAUUUCAAACAUUCAUCGAUUCGAAAGGGCAACGCUCGUCCCUUGCCACCGCUUAUCUAUCCCCUAGUGUCCUACGAAGGCCAAAUCUUAGCGUUGCGUGUCAUGCUCAUGUUACACGUGUGCUUUUUGAUUGCCUUAGUGCAAAAGAGCCUAUGGCCAUCGGCGUCGAGCUUCAGACGAACCGUGAGAGGGCCCGUUUCCAAGUACAUGCGCGAAGGGAGGUCAUUCUAUGUGGGGGCUCGGUCAAUACACCUCAGACUCUGAUGUUGAGUGGGAUUGGUCCGGCUGAGGAGCUAAGGGCCCAUGGCAUUCCGGUUGUUCAGGAGAAUGAUGCGGUGGGUAAGAAUAUGAAAGACCAUCUCUGCACAACUGCCAUUCUCUGCAAGGCCAAAUCGGGGAAAACUCUAGAUUAUCUUUCUAGCAAUGUCAGAGCCCUGCCAUCGCUCGUUCAGUGGAUGCUCUUUGGACGCGGCCCUCUCACUAGCAACAUAGGAGAGGCUGCCGCUUUCAUCCGAUCCUCGGAUUAUCGGUUCCCUGAGUCUACAACUGUUCCACCCAAUGAUCAUACAUCCAGUCAUACUGGGCCAGAUUUGGAACUUAUUGGUGCACCCCUUGCAUUCAUUCAUCAUGGUGAAGAAGCCACAAUUGAUGGGAGUAGUGUCUUUAGUCUCAUCCCGAUUAGUCUGCGCCCGCAAAGCAGUGGUGUGAUUACCCUGUCAAGCAAAAGCUCUUUUGAUGCUCCCAUCAUCGAUCCAAAGUACUUGUCUGAUGAGGAAAACAAUGAUCUGAAAGUUUUAUUGACAGGCCUACGCGUCUGCCUUCGCAUAAUACGAAGCCCGGCCUUUCAGAAAUUCUUUGAGCCAGUUGCAACUAACGAUGACCCUUCAUCGUACUGGUGGCCAUAUUCGAGCAGUAACAUUGAGAAGAUCUCAGACGACGACCUCAUCCGCUUUUUGAAAGAAAAGGCGUUUACACUUUAUCAUCCAGUUGGCACUGCACGCAUGGGUCCAUCGCGUGAUACCAGUGUGGUUGACCUGGAAUGUAAAGUACACGGAGUGAAAAGCCUGCGCGUUAUAGAUGCCAGCAUUUUCCCUGAGCAGAUCAGUGGACAUCCAACUGCACCCAUCGGUGCGAUGGCCUUCAAGUUGAGCGACAUGAUCAGGGAAGAACAUAAAAGAUCCGCGCCGCCAACUGCAAAUUUGUGA